CAGCAUGGUUCACUCAUUGGCUUAUCUAGGAGCCUUGCUGGCCGCUCUGCCAUCGGCACGUGCCGGCUUCAACGCUAGCUCGACGCAAAACAUUGCUGUGUACUGGGGUCAAAACUCGGCAAAUCAAGCAAACUCUCAGCUACGCUUGUCUACCUACUGUGCCAACGCUGAAAUAGAUAUCAUCCCGAUUGGUUUCAUGAAUGGCAUCAGCCCAGUCAUUACGAACUUCGCCAAUGCAGGCAAUAAUUGCACUGCCUUCGCUGAUAAUGCUAACGCGCUUAAUUGCCCCCAGAUAGAGGAGGACAUCAUUACAUGUCAGCAAACAUAUGGCAAGACAAUCCUGAUCUCACUAGGAGGCGGAUCUUAUAGCCAGGGCGGUUUCUCGUCCGCUAGUGCUGCUACAUCUGCGGCCCAGACAGUUUGGAACAUGUUUGGUCCUGUCAAUCCAAACAGCAAUGUAGAUCGCCCAUUUGGCUCCGCAGUGGUUGACGGCGUUGAUUUCGACUUUGAGUCUGGUGUCAAUAACUUGGCCACUUUUGCCACUGAAUUGCGGAGUUUAAUGGACGCCUCUGCAUCAUCUGCGAACAGAAAGUUCUACCUGUCUGCUGCACCACAAUGCGUCUACCCCGAUUACGCUGACAACCCUGCCCUAAAUGGUACGGUAUCCUUCGACUUCAUUAUGAUCCAAUAUUACAACAACGGAUGCGGAGUCAGCAGCUAUGUCCCAGGAGCAACGACCCAGUGGAACUACAACUUUGAUGUCUGGGACAACUGGGCGCAUACUGUUAGCAAGAACCCUAAUGUAAAGAUUCUGCUUGGUAUCGCCGCCAACACUGGUGCUGCCAGUGGAUACGUGUCCGGAACGCAACUUUCUGCGGUCAUCUCAUUCACCAAGCAAUACUCAAGCUUUGCCGGUAUUAUGAUGUGGGAUAUGUCCCAGCUAUAUGAAAAUUCCGGUUUCCUGGACCAGGUUGUCAGUGAUCUCGCCGCAUCUGGCUCAAGCCCUCCAGCUACUACUUCUACUGGCGCAUCCAAGACUACUUCUACUAGUGGCAGUUCCACCAGCCCAACUGGGGGUAGCGGGGGUAGUGUACCGCAAUGGGGUCAAUGUGGAGGUGAAGGGUACACUGGCCCUACUCAAUGCCAGUCGCCUUACAAGUGCGUUGUCAGCAGUGUCUGGUGGUCAUCUUGCCAGUAAUGCUGAGAGUAGCGCUAAAAGGCACUCUGGCACAAGAUGACAGAGACCAUGCGAACAAAAAAGAUUGACUCGCUAAACCAUUGACACAGACGGUCGUUAGUAUAUAUCUUGCACUUCAUGUUUAUACUUGAACGCGU